AUGGUCAAAGUGGUCCCGCAGUCGAUACUCACUAAGCUUAAGACCGCAAGGCACUUCCCGCGACUGUCCUGCUACCGCCUUUUUGACAACCUCCAACUCAGGACACUGGCAAUGGAGCACCCUUCAAAAAAGGUCAAGCUCUCAGAGACAGAUACAAAUGGGAAUACUCUGGUCUCCCUUCACAGAGAGAUCAGUCCACCGGCGCGAAAGCCAUCUUCACCCACUGCCGCCCCGCAACAGGAUCCAGCGGGGCCCAAUGCCACCAAGACCCCCAAGGUAUUCAAAUCUCCAGUUCAGCUCACCCACAUUCGAGAUCUACCCGAAUCCAGUAAUGUCGACACCGUCCGACUAUCUGAUAUCCUCGGAGACCCAAUGAUCCGCGAAUGCUGGCAAUUCAACUACCUCUUCGACGUGGAUUUCCUACUCUCAAACUUCGACGAAGAUGUCAGAGAUCUGGUCCAAGUGAAAGUAGUCCAUGGUUCCUGGCAGAAGGAGGCUCCUAAUCGAGUCCGCGUGGAGGAAGCAUGUUCGCGUCAUCCAAAUGUUCAGCCCAUCAUAGCAUAUAUGCCAGAACCAUUUGGGACGCAUCAUUCCAAGAUGAUGAUUCUACUGCGCCAUGAUGAUUUGGCUCAGGUCAUCAUUCAUACGGCUAACAUGAUCCCGGGAGACUGGACGAAUAUGACACAAGCAGUCUGGCGAUCUCCACUUCUUCCUCUUGAGAGCGAGACAUCUGAGACUCAUACCGAGCCGCCGAAACGUGGCUCUGGGGCACGGUUCAAACGUGACCUACUCGCAUAUCUGAAAGCAUACGGACCUGCAAAAACAGGCGCUCUCACUAAACAAUUAACUAAAUUUGACUUCCAGGCGGUUCGUGCUGCCUUGGUUGCCAGUGUUCCAUCUAGGCAACAUGCCAGCGACUCAAAUUCAGACGAAGGCACCUUAUGGGGUUGGCUUGCUCUGAAAGAUCUGAUGGGCCAUGUCCCUACCACCGAAAACAAUGAGGCAUCAAAUAUAGUAAUCCAGGUGUGUACUGGCAAAUGUCCCACUAGAUCAACUUCUAACCGAUAUCAGAUCUCAUCCGUUGCCACCCUCGGCCAAACAAACAAAUGGCUCAAAGAUGUAUUCUUCAAAGCCCUGGCUCCAAAUUCUACACCUAUCAAGGCCCCCAAAUACUCAAUCAUCUUCCCUACCCCGGACGAAAUCCGCCGCUCACUAGACGGCUACGGCUCAGGCGGAUCAAUCCACAUGAAAACCCAAAGUGCCGCCCAACAAAAACAAGUCCAAUACCUACGUCCUCACCUCUGCCAAUGGGCCGGAGACAGCCUAACUCCCGGAACCCAAAUCGAUCUAUCAGACUCCUCAGUCCGCGAAGCAGGUCGCCGCAGAGCAGCGCCCCAUAUCAAGACCUACAUCCGAUUCUCAGACACGGACAUGAAGGAAAUCGAAUGGGCAAUGGUAUCAUCUGCGAAUCUCUCUACGCAGGCCUGGGGUGCUGCUACAAAUGGUAGUGGCGAGGUCCGGAUUUGUAGUUGGGAAAUUGGGGUGGUUGUUUGGCCUGGUCUUUUUGCAGAGGAUUCGGUUAUGGUUCCUUGCUUUAAACGGGAUACGCCCGAGUCGGAUACUGAUGUUGGUUUCCGUAUGCCGUAUGAUCUUCCUUUGACGCCGUAUGGUGUUGGUGAUGAGCCGUGGUGUGCGACUGCUUCGUAUGAGGCUGUGGACUGGCGGGGACAGAGGUGGAUUUGA